AUGCAAUUCUCAUCCGCUAUCAUUUCCGCCAUCACCGUUGCUCUUGCAUCGGCUGCUGCCGUCGAGAAGCGCAGCAACGUCUUCGAUGUCUCCGACUUCAGCGCCAGCUGCAUCCCACACGCCACCCAUUGCCUCUACUCCUUCACCGUGAUCCAAAGCGGCUCCAUGGAGACCCCAGGCACCGGUGUCAAAUGCACCGCUCUCGUCACCGAGAACACCGACGGAACUCUCCCCGACAUCCCACAAUGGGGCGGCUCCUGCAUCAACUCCUCCCGCCGAUUCUGGGUUACCCGCGAGGAUGCCGGUCUCAACUUCUUCGUUUCCCAACCGGUUUCUCCUGCUAGCAACACAACUGCUUCCCACUUGCUCCCCAACAGCCAGUUGGUUAUGGUUCCAAACUCCAUUGGUAGCACCCAGAGCUACAACGGCCCUGCCUCCUUCGGUUUGGCCUAG